AUGCAGCUCCUUCGCAGCGCUCUGGCAGCCAGCGUUGCCUUCGCAGCUCUCUCGAGCGGCGUCAAGGCAGCCGACGAGAAAUCAGACGUGGUGGACCUCACCAAGGACACUUUCGCUUCUUUCGUCGAGAAUGAGGUGCGUGACUGCCAGCUGCAGCAGCGCUGUUAGUCGCUGCGUCAUUCCGUCACUGAUCCCUGUUUGUGCCUCUGGAUCGAUGCCCUCUUCACUGCUGCAGAACCUCUCCCUGGUCGAGUUCUUUGCGCCUUGGUGUGGUCAUUGUCAAGCUUUGAAGCCUCAUGUAAGUGCACAAUAGCCCAUGACAGCGCGAUGGCCUUCGCGACUGCACUUUGCGGCCCGCACAGCUCGUUGCGAGGUCCAUGCUCCGCUAGCAAGAGGUGAUCGACGGAAGGACGCCGGCUUACCAUAUUGCACCCCAUUUUUACCAUUCAAGUACGAGGAAUCUGCCACGGCUCUUCUCAAAGAGGAGACUCCCAUCAAGCUGGCCAAAGUGGACUGCACAGUUGAAGAAGACGUGUGCUCUGAGCAAGAGGUGCAGGGCUAUCCGUGAGUAAGCCACUUCGUAUUAAGAGACUGGGAGGGGCGAGGGGAUUCUUGGGAGAGCCGACGAAGGCACAGAUUAGUGAGAAGGAGAGUUGGAAACCGUCAGAGGGCGCUUGUGCCAACAGCGCAAGCUCCGUCCACUUCUAGGCCGUUGCAUUCAUCCUUUGCCACAUACAUGCGGCAUCCCCUCCUGCCAAUCAUGUCGAAAGCUCUGGCAACUGACUCGAUACUCGCCACUAUCCUCCAGUACACUCAAGGUCUUCCGCAAAGGAAUAGCCAGCGAAUACAAUGGACCCAGAAAGGCAGAUGGAAUCAUCAGCUACAUGAAGAAGUGAGUCGGGGUUCGGCUCCGGUAGCGAAGACCGGCCUUUGCAGUUCCUUCUAACCUCUCGCGCUGUAAUUCUGCGCUUCAGGCAAGCACUUCCUGCGCUGUCCACGGUCGCACCUGCGGAUCUUGAAGAAUUCAAAAAGAAGGACAAGCUUGUGGCGGUAGCCUACCUCGCUGAUGGAGCCAAGGAACUCGCCACCUUCUCCAGCCUGGCCGACAAAUUGCGUGACUCAUACGUCUUCGGUCAUGUUGCUGACGCUGAAGCCGCGAAGGCAGAGGAUGUCAAGGUUCCAAGUGUGGUCCUCUACAGAUCAUUCGAUGAGCCCAAGAUUGUUUACAGUGGCAAACUCACAGACGAGUCUGCCAUCGAAGAGUUCAUCAAGGCAGAGUCUACCCCUCUCGUGGACGAGGUCGGCCCAGAGAAUUUCAUGACCUACGCAGAGGCUGGCGUGCCCCUCGCAUACUACUUUACUCUGCCAGACGCUGCCGACAAGGACAAGGACGUCGAGGCAUUGCGUGACAUUGCAAAGAAGCACAAAGGCAAGCUCAACUUCGUUUGGAUUGACGCUGUCAAAUUCGUCAACCACGGAAAAGGUCUCAACCUCAACGGCGAGAAUUGGCCUGCUUUGUGAGUCUUCAUCGCAGUAAUAGCGUGAUUGGUGGUGUAUGCUGAGGAUGUAUGCCUCGGCCACACAGCGUUAUCCAGGACAUUCAGGGCAACACUAAAUUCCCCUUGGAGCUGAGCGGAGAUCGCGUUGCUGCUAUCAGCAAGCACGUCGACGACUUCAUCGGAGGAAAGCUCAAACCAUCCAUCAAAUCCGAAGCGGUACCUGAGCAGGACGGUCCGGUCUGGGUCCUAGUCGCAGACGAGUUUGACAAGGUCGUGUUCGACGACAAGAAGGAUGUUCUCGUCGAAUUCUACGCCCCUUGGUGCGGACACUGCAAGAAGCUGGCGCCUACCUGGGACACCUUGGGCGAGAAGUAUGCCGCCCACAAGGACAAGAUCGUCAUCGCAAAGAUGGAUGCCACGGCCAACGACGUGCCUCCGUCCGCGGGCUUCCAGGUCUCCAGCUUCCCAACCAUCAAGUUCAAGCCUGCCGGCAGCAAGGAGUUCCUCGACUUUGCUGGUGACAGGACUUUGGACGGGUUCGUCGACUUCAUUGGGCAAAACGCUAAGAACAGCGUCAAGAUCGAUCUCAGUGCACCUGCCAACGACACCAAACCAGCAGCUGCUGAAGAGCAUGCUAAGCCCAUGCACGAGGAAGUAAGUGACCACACUGGUACUUGCGCACAGGAGCCGUGGCUUUUGAGCUGAUGUCCGACCUUCACUUGCUCGUUCCAGCUCUGA